AUGACUACGGACAGUACUCAACCUUCACCUUCUCCUACGCGUCUACAGCGAAUAUAUCGUGCUAUAGGCUUCACCAAAAGCUACAACUUCAUUCUUUGGUUCCUCUUUGGCGGAGCUUUCCUAGCGUUCGCACUCUCUCGUUUUAUAUAUCUCGACUUCAAUGGCCAUUUGUGUCCUAGUGAACCACCUACUGGUCGGAUAUACGGAUCAAGGGGAGCGGCUCCUGGCGAGUGCUACUACUACCGACAUGGGAUCGGCAAGGCGGGUAUCAUCAUGCACCUAGCUGGAAUCCUUCCCGCUGCCGUGUUAGUCGUCUUCCAGUUCAUCCCUGCUAUCCGACAUCGAGCUCUCCUAGUCCAUCGGAUCAACGGCUAUGUCGUUCUUCUUCUCUCGGUUGUCGGCAUCAUCGGGGUGUUUAUGAUCACACGGCACGCCUUUGGUGGAACUUUGGAGAUGCAGACUGUUACUGGCGCUGCGAGCAUCAUGUUUGUUAUUAGCAUGGUCUUGGCUUAUGUCAACAUCAAAAGACUUCAGCUAGAGCAGCAUCGCGCAUGGAUGUUGCGAGGCUGGAUCAUUGCCGGCCACAUUAUCACCAUGAGAGCGAUCUCAGCUAUAAUGGCACAAAUCACAAGCCAUACAGGUCCUUAUUCCACCGUGACGCCUUGCGCAGUCCUGGACUCCAUGUUCUACCACAACAAACCCGCCGUUGAGGCCUUAUAUCCAGGCUGUGUGGAUUUCUACAUGGGCAAAACCCCCGACCAGCGGGUCAUUACCGAAGGGAUCCCUGGCGAACGUCCGGACGCGAUCGCUGCAAGACUAAACAGCGCUUUUGGAGCUAGUGCUUGGCUUGCUCUUCUUGUCCAUGUUAUAGCCGCCGAGGUGUAUCUGCGACUCACCCCUGUUGAAGCUGAGAGGCUACGCAAGGUUUCGUACAGGAGGCAGAUGGAGGCGGGUAUGUGUGACCCUGGGAACUCAGGGUUAACUGCGCAAAGACUUGGGGAUGCUGUGCCUUGGACAUGUCCUGACGAUGGAGAUGCUGUUUGUGAUGAAAUGGUCAACCCCCAGAGUCCUCAUCUCGGAACAUAA